AAAUACGAUGUCGUUAAUUUUUUUCGCGCAUCGCAUAUUUGUGUUUCCUGGGGCAGCGGCAGCAGGAACGGCAGAAGAAAGAAGAUGAAAAAGAACCCUAAACAGCAGCAGCAGCUUCAACUGAACCCCAACUGGGCUCAGCUCCAACAGAAGCUCAAGAGUCAUGGCUCAACGACAACAACAAUCUUAGGGAAGCGGAAAGAGAGACUGGAUGUGGAGUUGAAUGAUGAUUCUCCAUCUCGUAUCAAUCCUCUCGAUCCAGUUAAUGAUGAUUCCAGCUUGACAGAUGAAGUAGCCAUGGAUUGUGAAAUGGUUGGUGUCGGUCAAGGAAACAAAAGCGCCCUUGGACGCGUUACGCUGGUAAAUAAAUGGGGAAAUGUUGUAUAUGAUGAAUUUGUUCGCCCAGUAGAACGUGUUGUUGAUUUUCGUACUCAAAUAAGUGGCAUUCGUCCCCGAGACUUGAGAAAAGCAAAGGAUUUUCGAAUUGUUCAGAAAAAAGUGGCAGAGUUGAUUAAGGGGAGAAUUCUCGUGGGCCAUGCAUUGCGCAAUGAUCUUAAGGCAUUGCUUUUAAGUCAUCCCAAGGGGGACAUCAGGGAUACAUUAGAGUAUGAACCUUUUAUGAGGGGGGAAGGGUCUAGAAGGGCACUUCGGCAUCUUGCAGCAGAGUUUCUUGAUGUGAAGAUCCAAAAUGGAGAGCACUGCCCUAUUGAAGAUGCUCGUGCUGCGAUGGUGCUUUAUCAGAAAAACAGAAAAGCAUGGGAAAAGAUAGUUAAAGAUCAAAUUAAGCUCAAACAAAAGCAGAAAAAACGCAAGCCUAAAAGGAAGCGAACGGAGGGAGAUGAUUUGGAAACGGACCUUGCAGAACCAGCAUCCUAGCUAUUGACUUUGUGUUUACAACAGGAAGCUGGGUAUGCAAACUAAGCUCAAUUCACAAGGCACAGAUCCCAUGUAGUCAGAAUGAAGAACAAAAUCGAUGGAUUACGAGACACAAAUUCCUUCAUCAAACAGAGCUACUCUGGUCUCACGACGUCUUGGUUGUUAACUUUCCAAUUGGUCAAAAAAUUUGUUUCUUCGCCUUUUUUCUCCAUCUUGGAAAACUUUCAUUGUUGUCAGCUGAAUUAUUUUUUAUAUGUUAUCUUAAGGUGAAACCUAUAUACCAAACAGGAUACAUGUAAAAUCAUUGCUUGUAUGCACAAUUUUGACCCCUUAAACUGAUUUAUUAGUGGAACAUUGAUCA